AUGUCCAUUUCUGUGAUUUACAUCCUCAUUUCCUUGUUUCAGAAUUCAAAUUCAUAAUGGAUAAAUGAUGAGAGUUUCUUAGAAGAGGAUAAGACAUUUAUUUAAUAGACUGGAUAAUGGGCUUUUACUUCUUCUGGAUAUUUUAUAUUACCAUCAACCGAAACUACUGCAAAUUUUAUCACUUGUACUACUCCUGCUACAAGUUACAUUACUCUAACUAAUAGUUAUCCAUCUGCUGAAAGUUAAUCGUCUUACUCAUUCAAUAAAUGUUGGAUAUCUAUGGAUUUAUAUUUUCAAGGUACAUGGUCAUCAGAAACUGUUUAAUAUAAAUAAGGAUCAUUUACAUAUUCGUAUUCCUACACUUCCCCUACAACUUAUUCAAUUUAAACUGGAUUUUGUGAUGCUCUUCCUUAUGAAGUUAGAACUGUGAAUUUUACAAUAAUAUUAACAACAAUUCCAACUUAUGGUAAAAUUUUAUUUACAUCUACUAAUACAAAUACAGGAUUGGUUUCAAUUAAAAACAUCUAUGUAUCUAAAAUAAAAUGCUACCCAUCAUGCAGUGUAUGCACAGAUCCUGAAAAAAAUUAAUGUACAAGUUGCUAUUAUGGUCUCCCAACUAAUAAUAUUUGUCCACCUUGUCCAUCUAAUUAAUACUAUUGGAAGUAUUAAGGAUGUAAAGAUAUUUGUGAUAUCGACUCUCCAUUAUAUUCCAAUGGAUUUUGUUAAUAUUAUCCAAGUAAUUAUUCUUAAUUUAGAUAAUCUAGUAAAUAAAAUAGAUUAUGUUUACUUUACGAUGCCAAUAACUUAUUCUAAAAAUUUGAAAUGGUCAUUAAUAUAUGAUUAAUAAAAUGUAGAUACAUCUCCAACAAUUAUUCAGGUUGAUACAUAAGUGGGUGAAAAUACAUAUAUAUAGACUUAUAUAUAAGGAGUAUUUAAAUUUAAUUCUGGAAUCUACAGAUGCUUCAAAGAAUUAUCUACUUAUUCUUACAAAUAUUAUUUAAUUGGAUUGAAAAUUUCAAUUGUUGCUUUAAAUGAUUUUCCAAUUAAUUGUGGAAUAUAGUUUAAGAUUAAUAAUACUUAUUUUGGAUCUAUUUAUAGGAAUGCCUCUGGAAUACAAACUCAUAAAUUAAUAAUAUCUUAAACUUUUAACUCCAAAUCAUAUUCAACAUAUUCUAAUAAUAAAAGAUAUGAUUUAAUUACAUAUGUUGACAUUCCGAAAUAUUAAUUUGUAUUUUCAGCAAUAGGGAAUUAUACGUAAAUAUUAAUUAAUCAUGAUUAGUGAUGGCACAGCAGGAUGGGGAAUGACUGAAAUCAAAAUUACUUCAGGAUAUUGUCCUUAAUAUUGUACAUUAUGUGAAGUAGCAUUCAAAUGUAAGACUUGUUAUAGUGGAUACUAUUAUUAUAGAGAUGGUAGAUGUAUAAGUGGUUGCUCAUAUCCAUAUUAGAAAUUUAGUGGUUCUUAUUGUUAUGAUUACGAUGAUGAAACACCUUGUAUCUUAUCAUAUUAUAUUUAGAUUCUUAAUAUUUAAUUUAAGAACAUAUAAAUGAAGCAGGUGAUCCUGAAUAAUAUACAAAAUAUACUUUAAUUUCUCAAAAUGGAAAAAACUUUUUAAAAGCAUCAGAUAUCUAUUUUUCAUAUUAAUAAGGAAUUAGAAUUUUUGGAGGACCAUUUGUUUGGGCUUAAGCCAAAUUUUAGAGAAUUCAUAAUAUAAUAACACCACAUCAUGGUGUCACUAUUGCAUUUUAUAUACUUUAUGGACCAACAUUCCCUUCAGAUGGAUAAUUUAUAUAUUCGAUUGAAAAUAAUACACCAGUUAUUAAAUCAACUGCUAGUUAUGGUUCAUCUAAUUCUGAUGGGACAAAAUAAGAUAGAGUAUAUGAAAAAAUUAUUCAUAAUACAAAUACAUUAACAAUCACUUGGGAGUGCUUUGGUCCAAAUAAUGAACCAGUUAAGGCUUAUUGUGGAUUCUAUAAUUAUUAUAUUGCUGUUCAUAAUUGCAAACCAUAUUGUUUAUCAUGUACAGAUUAAAAUACUUGUACUUCAUGGAACAGCACUUAUGAUGCCAAUAUUGUUAAAUUUUCUUAGGCAGAAUGUUUGAUUAAUUAAUAUCAUGAUAAAGAAUCUGUCAGAUGUUUAGAUUGUCCAUUAUCUUGUUUAUCAUGUACAUCAAAAAUAAACUGUUAAUCAUGCUCAUCUACUUAUACUUUAACUAAAUUAGGAUGUAUUUGUACAAUCAAUCAAUAUGAAGAUUCAAAUCAAUGUUUUAAUUGUCCUAUAGAAUGUAAUUAAUGUUUAAGUUUUACUUAUUGUAUAGAGUGUUUAAUAAUUAAUAAUAGAUAAUUGUUAAAUGGGUAAUGCAAUUGUAUUGAUGGUUAUUAUCCAAUUGCAUUAAAUCCUUAAUGCUAGUUAUGUCAUUAAUUUUGUAAAACUUGUAACGGACCUACUUCUGAUGAAUGUUUAACUUGCAAUAAUAUUGUAAAUAUUGAACAAGUAGGGUCAACCUGUAGAUGUCCAACAGGAUCUUAUUUGUAAGAUGCAAUAAAAACCUGUUCUGUUUGCCAUUCAUCAUGCUUAACAUGCUUUAGAACUACAAUUGAUGGUUGUUUAACAUGCGAUCCUGCUUUAAAUAGAAUAUUGAAAGGGUUAAAAUGUACUUGUGCACCUGGCUAUUAUGAAUUAAAUAAUAUUUGUACAAGUACACAUUAUAAGUAUUAUUAUAGGUUGUCCAAACACAGAAGAUGUAUCUCUAAGUCAGUGCUAUAAAUAAUGUAAUAAUAAUUAAUUAAUAUGGCAUACUAUUACUUGUAAUUCUUGUGAUUCUGGAUUUUAAUUAGUUUCUGGAGAAUGUCAACCUAUUUGUGGAAAUACAUUAAUCUAAGGAUAUGAAUAAUGUGAAGAUAAUAAUAAUUUACUUGAUGAUUUAUGUUAUAAUUGUUAGUUUUAAUGUCCUAUUCAUUGUUUAACUUGUGAUUAAUCAACUACUUUAUCUUGUCCUGAUGUUUGUGGAGAUGGAAUCAUUACAGGAGUUGAAGAAUGUGAAGAUGGAAAUACUAUUUAAUAUGAUGGAUGUUUUAAUUGUAAAUAUUAAUGUUAACCUUCAUGUACAAAGUGUAUAAAAGGACUAUGCUUUGAAUGUACAACCUUAGGUUGGUAUAUUGAUCCAACAGUUACUCCUUGGUAAUGUAAGGAAAGAUGUGGAGAUUAAGAAAUAGUUGGAAGUGAAUAAUGUGAUGAUGGUAAUACUAGUGAUCUAGACGGCUGCAAGGAUUGUAAAUACUUUUGUAGAAUUGGUUGCACUUCUUGUGAUUAUACUACCAAUAAAUGCUUAAGUUGUGAAUUUCCUGGUUUUGUUCCUAUAUCUUACUAUUGUAAAAAUGUAUGUGGAGAUGGUUUAGUUGUUACAGAUCCUUAUGGCUUCUUUGCAGAGCAAUGUGAUGAUGGUAAUACUAUUAAUGGUGAUGGUUGCAAUAGCUAAUGUUAAUUCUAAUGUUAAUCUUCAUCUAUUUGCACUAGUUGUAUAAGUAAUAGAUGUGAAAUAUGUGAGACUGGAUAUUAUCUCUCUAAUGAUAAAGUAUGUUUACCUAUAUGUGGAGAUUCGAACUUAGUAGUAAAUGAAUAAUGUGAGAAUUCGUUUAUAUUACCUUAUAAAGGUUGUAUAAAUUGUUAAGCAAAAUGUUAAAGUUCUUGUCUCACUUGUAGUACUUCAGGGCUUGGUUGUUUGUCAUGUAAAGAUGGGUACAAUCGAAUUGAUAAUUUAUGUCAUUCAAUUUGUGGAGAUUAAAUAAUUACAGAAAAUGAGUAAUGUGAUGACGGUAAUUUAAAAAUUGGAGAUGGAUGUCAUUUCUGUUAGUUUAGUUGUUAAGAUUCAUGUCUUAAUUGUAUUAAAGGAGUUUGUUAUGAUUGUUUAGAAGGUUAUCAAUUAAUAUCAUUUAAAUGUUAUCCUAUUUGUAAUGAAUAAUGUGAAAUGAUAAAUAAAUUGUAAAUAUAUUAGAGAUGUAAAUCUUGUUAAUUUCCUUGUGAUUUGAAUUGUUACUUUUGUUAAUUUGGCAUCUGUUAACAAUGUAAUGAGGGAUAUGAAUUAUCCUAAAAUUAAUAGUAUUGUAUUAAAUCUCUAUAUUAUAAUUCUAUGAUAAUUGAAAACUGUUAAUUCUAGAUUGGGAACAGUUGUAUUUAAUGUGAAAUUUAUGCCUAAUUAGAUAACAUAGAAUAAAAAUGCAAUUUAAAAGAAACCCCAAUGAGUUUUUGUUAAUAUUAACUUAAAUUAUCGUCAAAUGUAUAUUGCAGUUAUUGUUUUGAUUAUUGUGAAACUUGUAAUUAAUAUAAUUGUAUAAGUUGUUUAAGUGGUUAUUAUUUAGAUGAUAACUUUUCUUGUAUUUCUUUUUGUGGAGAUGGAAUACUUGCCCAUGAUGAACAAUGCGAAAUGGAUGAUUAAAAUUGUUUAAGUUGUAUGUUUGAUGUUCCAAAAUUUUGUGAAUUAUAUUUUCAAGAUAAUUGUUAAAGAUGUGAAAAUGGAUAUUAUGUAAAUUAAUAUACAAAUAUUUGUGAAUCUAAGUGUGGAGAUGGUAUUAUAGCUCAUGAUGAAGAUUGCGAAUAUAACAAUUAUAUAGAAUUUGAUGGUUGCUAUAAUUGUAAAUAUACUUGUAGUUAAUAAUGUUUAAACUGCAUAAAUGGUGUAUGUUAAUAAUGCAACAAAAGUUCCUUGCUUUUCGAUGGAUUAUGUUAUGCUGAGGAAAAUGAAAUUGAUUUGUUUCAUGAAUGUGAAUUAACCCUCAAUGAUGAAUGCUUAAUAUGCUAGAAAGAUUAUAAAUUGAAUCAAUAUGGUAUUUGUAUUUCUGAAAGUUUGGAAAGUUGCAUUCAAUAUCAUAAUGGCUAUUGUUUAUACUGUGCAUAAGGAUAUGAACUUUAUGAGAAUAUAUGCAAUUAAACCUAUUAGUGUUAAAAGGGUUUGUAUUAUAAUUAAGAACUAUAAAUUUGUGAAUCUUCAUGUGGUGAUGGACUUAUUACUGGAUGGGAAGAAUGUGAUGAUUAAAAUAUGCAAUAAUAUGAUGGUUGUUAUGAGUGCAAAUUUGAGUGUGAUAAUAAUUGCAUUUAAUGUCUUUAUGGUGAAUGUUAUUAAUGUUCUUAAGAAUUUAAUUUAAUUCAGAAUAAAUGCUUGUCUAAAUGUUAAGAGCCCUGUCUUAAUUGUAUUUAAGGAGUUUGUUAUUUAUGCAGCAGUGGGUAUUUUUUAAAUGAAUAUUUUGAUUGUAUCAAAAUUACCUGUGAGGAUGAUUUCAGUUGUACUUCUGAAUGUGGAAAUGGAAUAAUUGAGGAUCUAGAAUAAUGUGAUGAUUAGAAUCUAAUUAAUGAUGACAGUUGUAAUAAUUAAUGUGAACAAACUUGUGAUAUUAAUUGUAUAGAAUGUAUUGAUAGUGUUUGUUGCUAGUGUAAAGAAGGAUGGAGAUUAGGUUUAUUUUUUUGUGAACCAAUUUGUGGAGAUUAAAUUAUUGUUGGAAAUGAAGAAUGCGAUGAUGGCAAUUAAUAUGAUGUAGAUACAUGUUUAAAUUGUAAAUAUUAAUGUCCUCAGCAUUGUAAUUAAUGUGCUUUUGGAGUUUGUACUCAUUGUGUUGUAGGAUUCUAUUUGGAUAUUGUCAGUAAUUCAUGUAAUUCAGUUUGUGGUGAUAAAAUAUUAGCAAGUGAUGAAGUUUGUGAUGAUGGUAAUGAAUUGAGAUAUGAUGGUUGUUUUUAAUGUUAGCAUUAAUGUUAAGUGGAAUGUUUAAAUUGUUAAUUUGGAUAGUGUAUGGAAUGUGAAACUCCUUUUAUUGUAGUAUAAUUAAAAGGUAUUUGUGAAACAUUAAAAUCAUGCUAAGAUUAAAUUGGAUUUUAUAAUGAUAAUUUUAAUAAUGAUUGUUAGUCAUAAUGUGGAGAUGGUAUUGUUGUAGACACUGAAUAAUGUGACGAUUAGAAUGAUACUCCUUAUGAUGGAUGUUAUGAAUGUAAAUUUUAAUGUUAAAUUGGUUUUUUCCUUAAUUAAAGUACUUGUAUUCCUAUUUGUGGAGAUGGAAUUAUUAUUGAUGAGUAUGAGAAUUGUGAUGAUUAAAAUGAUUAACCAUAUGAUGGAUGUUUUGAGUGCUAAUUUUAAUGUAUUUAGAAUUGUCAAAUUUGUUAAAAAGGAAUAUGUAUAUAAUGUGAUAUAAAUUAUUCCUUCCAGAAUAAUUAAUGUUUGUUAAACAACCAAAAUGAUGAUCUCAAUUCUAGCUUUUUUGGACAAUCAUAUAUGA